GCCAGAUCGAUCGUGGAACAUCAAUUUUGGAGAAUAUAGUAUAUCAUUGCUGUUUUAGCACCACUAGUUUGCUUAGAAAACGUGUUUUCGGGCAAAAUUCUCGUUGGCAAAUCUGAAAUUCGUGUUCAGCGACCCGAAAAACAUACGAGAAUCGAAUUUAAAAACUACACCCAAAAAUUUCCGCUGUUUGUCAUUUUUGAGCACUGUUUGACUGAACUAUAGGGUACUGGACACUAAAUGGUUUUGACAGUUUUUCACAUAACGUGGCAAUAUUUUUGGCGGUUUAUUUAAAAAUAGAAAUGCCAUUCCUGAAAAUAGAAUGUAUUACCAAUUAAUUUCUCCUUCAUCUCGUCGAACAGAAAUUCACUUUACGUAAUGGAAAGGUACUCACAGGUGUUCUGACACGUCAUGUAACCUACCGCCUCUCGACCGGUUUUUGAUUUUUUACGUAAGUACACAGUGAAUGAACUCGAUAAGCCUCUACUUUAUCUCGCGUUUCCUCUUGACGGAUUGCGCGAGCGAAUCACCUAUUGAGCCCGAUUUUGCCCGAUUGCGAUUGAGCCUUUGUCGUUAAGAGUUUUUUACCGUGCGUUUUCGUUAAAAGAAGCGUUUGAACCAGCCGAUGCCUUGGGCACCGUCAGUUCAUCCAAGGUCAAACGAGGAAAGUGAUCCCCAAUGUGACUGCAACAAGAAUCAGUAGAUAAGGACACAUGACAUGUUAGAAACCAUAUAAAACAGCAGGAGAUAACUCAUUACAUUCCAGUGUUUCCUCAGACAGUGAAGAUGGCUCCUAAAAACGAGAAAAUUGGAAUUGUUGGCAGUGGCAUCAUUGGCCGAAGCUGGGCCAUGCUUUUUGCUAGUGUGGGAUAUAAAGUCAGCAUAUUUGACAUUGAACAGAAGCAAAUUGACUCUGCUUUAGUUGAAAUUACAAAGGAAGUGAAGAGGCUUGAAUCACAGAAAAUUCUUAGAGGAAAACUGUCUGGAGAUGAGCAGAUUGCAUGUGUCACUGGUUGUACAUCAUUGGCAGAAGUAGUUAAGGAUGCAGUGUUGAUUCAAGAAUGUGUGCCAGAGAAUUUGGAUUUGAAGAAAAAAUUAUAUACUGACUUGGAUAAAGUGGUUGAUUCUAAAUCGAUUAUUUCAAGUUCUACUAGCACAUUCUUGCCAUCUCUUCUGUCUGAUGGAAUGAAGCACAAAAGCCAGUUUGUUGUAUCCCAUCCUGUCAAUCCUCCAUACUAUGUACCUCUAGUGGAAAUAGUUCCAGCUCCAUGGACAGAUGCUUCUGUUGUGCCUAAAACAAAAGCCAUUAUGGAAGAAAUUGGGCAGGUUCCUGUGUGUCUCAAUAAGGAAGUUCCAGGCUUUGCAUUGAACAGAAUACAAUACUGCAUUCUGAAUGAAGCAUUUAGACUUGUAGCAGACGGAGUUCUAAAUGUGAAAGAUGUUGAUAAUGUCAUGUCUGAGGGAUUAGGAAUGCGUUAUGCAUUCUUAGGGCCUCUUGAAACUGCACAUUUGAAUGCUGAAGGAAUGAAAAGCUACUGCGAGCGCUAUUGCAACUCUAUGUGGAAUGUAUGCCAAACAUUUGGGCCUACUCCUAGAUUUGAGGGCCCAGUUGUUGAUGUUAUGAAUGAGCAGCUAUGUGCAAUGACUCCUGUUGACAAACUCCAAGACCGCAGAGUUUGGAGAGAUACUUGUCUCACUCAUCUUGCUCAACUCAAAAAGAAAAUGAAUAAUUGAAUUAAUUGUGUACAGUUAUAUUUGAAAUUUACAUUUUAAAUGUUUUAAAAUAAAUUAACAAACAUUACAAUUUAUUUUGUUAUGUCGACAUUUCUGUUGAAAUUUAUGCAAUAAACUAAAAUACAUUGAAUUUAUUGAGUCUAUUUAUUUAAUUUCACAAAGUAUGUAUUAUAUUUUGCAUGUUUAUUGUAUCUAAACAGAUGUCUGAUUAAAAUAGAUUGAUAAAAAUAC